AUGCUGGUACCGACAGUUAUAAGCCCGCGCGCGCGCUGUGUCGCGACCUGCAAGUGGCUGAAAUCAGGCAACUGCAGGAUCUAUGUGGGCUACGACAGGAACCAGCACUAUCACAAGUUCACUGAUUACAUCGUGCAACACGCACCUUGUGAUGUUGGCAUCAUCAAGUCCGAUUCGGAAGAUCCUGUAACGAGGUGGGUGGGAAUUUCCAGCCGCAAUUUGAAAGCCUCGGCUGCAGCUCUAGCCCGUGCCUUUCACGAUGCGCAUGCGGGCGAUUUGGUGGUGGCGAUCCAUUAUCCCGUGAAUCCCUUCUUAGAGAUCGGCGGCUCCGUGUAUGAGGCGCACUUUAGCUCUGUCUGUGACGACAAUUUGAAUGUGAUCAUGGACAGCGCCUUGACACGUGUGAUUGAAUCCAGUCAGCGCGUGGCGCAGGGGCACUGCAAGGAGGGCGUCCGUUUCCGCGUCUUCACGGGAGCCGAGACGCCGGAACCGCACAAGCAGCUGGUGGGCGAUGCCAUUGCAGGUGUGGGCGACCCCCAAAUCCUACGACCACAUACCAUCUACGUGGGCUACAACGAGCGUCGUCACAGGACGAAGUUGGUAGACCCGCACAAGCAGUAUGAUGUUGCUGAAUACAUCGUGCGCAACUCCCCCUGCAACGUGGUGGUGGUGAAAGACAUUGAGCCAGAAGCCUCCCCCGAGACCGACGCAGGAUGA